AGACAGUUAAACUGAAGGAGCAACGCCGAAGAAAAGUGAAUGAGUAGCGAAGUAAUGAAGCAUCGCACAGGGAGCUCACAGAGCUUGACGCUUUCGGAACCCCAAAACCAUAGCCAUAAUACCCACUACGCCGACCGAAAAUAAACCUUUUUGCUUCUCUUUUCACUCUCUUGCAAAGCCCUAACGGUCAACCAAUUUGCCAUAAAGCUAUGCAGACCUCAUUUGCAGGGAGAAAGAAAUGAUUUGUUUUCGCUUUCCAGGUGAGGGAAUUUGAAAGUAAGUGGUGAUUUGGGAGAAAGUACAAGGUGGGUUUUAUUUGGGUGUUGGAGGGUUGGUUUGCUUUAUUGUCUUUUUGCUUUUUGUUUGGGGUCUUGUAAUUGGUAAUGGAAGGAGGGUCUGGUAACAAUUCUGUACCUCCUUCGCCUACGUCUGAUAAAUCAAAAGUUUUGAAUGUCAAGCCGCUGCGUAGUUUGGUACCUGUGUUUCCUUCGAACCCUCAGACUCCGCCUUUUGUUUGUGUACCUCCUUCAGGUCCUUUCCCCUCUGGGUUUACUCCCUUUUUUCCUUUUAAUGGACCCCAACCGAACACUCCUGACCUCAACCAGCAGACCCAGACUCCAGCCCCACUUCGAUCUUUCCCCGCUGUGCAGUCUAAUGGAGAUAUGUCUAGAGAUGGGAAUGCAGAUGGUUCCAUGGAUGCACCAACAAAACGCCCUGUAGGGCGGCCAAGGUCCUCAUCUUCUCAAAAGAAGGCCAAGAAAGAUCUGGAUGUUACCUUGUCUGUUGCUGAUACGAACUUCAUUGUAGGGAUUUCUCCCUCCCUGAUGGAGGAUGGUGAUAGGGAAGUGGUGAAUAGUGUGCGAAUGAGAUUUGAUGCCCUUAGGAGAAGGUUGAGCCAAUUAGAGGAUGCUAAGGAAUCACCUGGUGGAUUGAUUAGGCGUGCAGAUUUGAAAGCAGGAAAUAUUUUGAUGAGCAAAGGGGUAAGGACAAAUAUGAGGAAGAGAGUUGGAGCGGUUCCUGGAGUUGAGAUUGGUGAUAUUUUCUUUUUCCGAAUGGAGAUGUGUUUGGUAGGGUUGCAUUCCCAGUCCAUGGCUGGGAUUGAUUACAUGGUUGUAAGAGGUGAAUUAGAAGAAGAUCCACUGGCUGUAAGCAUUGUUUCAUCUGGUGGGUAUGAGGAUGAGGCAGAGGAUAGUGAUAUCUUAAUUUAUAGCGGGCAGGGGGGCAAUGUCAACAGCAACAAGAAAGAUAAGCAAAUAGCUGAUCAGAAGCUAGAGAGGGGUAACCUUGCAUUGGAGAGGAGCUUGCACCGCAACAAUGAAGUGAGAGUCAUUCGGGGUAUGAGGGAUGUCAUUAGUGCAACAUCAAAGGUCUAUGUGUAUGAUGGACUCUAUAGGAUCCAGGAAUCAUGGGUGGAAAAGGGGAAAUCUGGUUGUAAUAUAUUUAAGUACAAAUUGGUUAGGUUGCCUGGCCAACCAGUUGCUUUUUCUGUUUGGAAAUCAAUUCAGCAGUGGCGUGAAGGGUUUUCUUCAAGGGUAGGUUUAAUUCUGCCUGACCUCACUUCAGGGGCUGAAAAUAUCCCUGUUUCACUUGUAAAUGAUGUUGAUGAAGAAAAGGGACCUGCCUACUUCACAUAUUUUGCUACAAUCAAAUAUAAUAAAUCAUUUAAAUUAAUGGAGCCUUCUUAUGGAUGCAAUUGUCGUAAUGCAUGUGCUCCAGGUGAUCUGAACUGCUCUUGCAUUAGGAAAAAUGGAGGUGACUUCCCUUAUACCACCAAUGGGGUUCUUGUUAGUCGGAGGCCGUUGGUUCAUGAAUGUGGUCCCACAUGUCCAUGCAUUCCCAACUGUAAGAAUCGUGUUUCACAAUUUGGUUUAAAGGUUCGCUUGGAAGUGUUCAAAACAAAGGACAGAGGUUGGGGUCUGCGAUCAUGGGAUCCUAUUCGUGCUGGCACUUUUAUUUGUGAAUAUGCAGGCGAAGUUAUAGAAAAAGUUAAGGCGAGGCAUCUCGGAGAAGGUGAAGAUGAUGAUUAUGUGUUUGAUACAACUCGUGUUUAUGAGCCAUUCAAGUGGAAUUGUGAACCUGGACUUGUAGAGGAGGAUGAUAUUGACACCACUGAGGAAUAUGAUAUUCCUUCUCCACUAAUCAUAAGUGCCAAGAAUGUUGGAAAUGUAGCUCGAUUUAUGAAUCAUAGUUGUACUCCUAAUGUUUUUUGGCAACCAGUUGCAUAUGAACAUAACAGUGAAUCCUAUGUCCACAUUGCAUUUUUUGCAUUGAGACACAUUCCCCCCAUGACAGAGUUGACUUAUGACUAUGGGAUAACCCGUUCAGAUGAGGCAGAUGGUAAUAAUGCACUGCAUGGAAAAAAUAAAUGUUUAUGUGGAUCGUCAAGAUGCCGGGGUUAUUUUGGUGGAAGAUUGUCUGUGAAUUAGCAUCGGUGGGUGCAAGCAUGGGCAUGAAUGAGAAGCAAUCCCCGGGGAGUGCAAAAGCCAUAUGCUUGCUCGGAGCUGUCACUUGUCAAUACAAAUAUUUUUUACUCGGCUAAAAUGGGCACAUUUUGUUUUUGCUUCUCCUCAUGGUGCCCACCCAGGUAGGACAGUUAUACUUAAAAAGCCAGAUUUAGGAUGCUGUGCCUUGUGAUUUUGUGCAUGACAUAAGUAGUGAAGUGUAUUAAGGCUUGUAUUAGCAGUACUGUUUUGUAAUUUUCCCUUGUGCUUGCAUCCUAAGUAUAGCCAGCGUCUUUUACAGGCUGUAGAAUGUUUAAGCUUUCUGUAUUAUCCAACAACCCUUUUAACAGCCAAUGAAUUUCUUUCUCCUCUUGUAUUUUA